AAAGAGCGAUUUCUCUAACCAGGUCAUAAAAACCUCGUCUUAGGGUUUAGACGGCUUGAUUUGUCAUCCCUCCUCAACCGAAAGUGAGAACCAACCUCUAGUUCGUCAGACGACAUGGGAAUUGCAAACAAAGAUCUUUUGAACUUGGAGCUUAAGAACUCUACAUCUUCAUCCCUAGAUUCAACUCUUCUUGUUUUCCCUAAAAAGGACUUACCUCCACAGAGCUCAACUUCUGGUGAAAAGCUUGUAACAAGUUCAAUUCCUAAAAGCCAAGUACUUGGGAAAGUGAGGGACUUCUUGGGAGUAAUGGCUGAAGCUAACAAAAAGCUGCAAACUGAUGCUAAGGAGAAUUCUGGCAAGGACUAUGAUAUCGAAGCUCUUACUGGGAAUGAAAAGGAAUACAUUGAAAUGGAUUUGAUUGUGGGUGUGGCUGAUCUUCAUACGCCAGAAGCCGUGGCUGCAGCUGAAUCUGCCUUGGUUGGCUCUCAACAAGUGAUCAAUUUAGCUGGUACAGGUAGUGGGUCUGACACAGAAAGCAGCGAAGAUGAGGAUGAAGAGAUGACAGAAACUGGGGCCGAGGAUUCAAAGUCACAAAAAGCUGGUUCUCCAAGUAACGGGCAACGGAAAAAACGGCCAAAUAUUAUUGAGCUCCUCUGAGCUAACUCUUUUCUAGUCGUGCCUCUAACUUGUACCAUAUCAUACUAUAUUUUGAGUAUGACAACCUAUGGAUUGCUUCUUAUAGAAUAUGAUAGCUACACCAAGGGCCUCAAAGGCUGUGAUUCGUCAGGUCGCGGUUUAACUUGUCAGGUAUUAAGAGAAAAAGGUGCAUGUAGAGUGUGUUGGCCGGACCUAAUACACAUAGAUGUAACUUAAAUUUUUUAAUGACCAAACUUGAUAUUAGGCCACUUAGCUGGUGUUUUCAUAGAUGUAUAUUGUUGUGUUUCCAUGCUGUUGCUGUAGACUUGUAAUACUUUUGGGUGUUCCUGUGUCAAAUGACUAAUUUGAGCUGAUUCUGUGAA